AACAUCGACAACCCAAGACAUCGUCGGAUUCUGUGUUUUCGGGCCACCCGCGCUAUUAACGGCCAUGAUGCUAAGAGAUGCCAAGAACCCGACACCGCAGACGCAUUGGCGGCUACAACAUCCGGUUUGCUUCCGAGAAGUCAAGAGAUCAGGGCCGGGGGUGGGGUAUCGCCCACUCUUUCCGGGUAGUGAGUAUCGACCCUGCGCAAAUGCUGUGCUGCGUUCGCGGCCAACAGAUAGCUGAUUGCGCUGCACAUCAGCACUUUCAGCCCCCCUGGUGGGAGGCGUUGUGGAACCGCCCCAAUCGUCGAUCCACGGGUGUGCACGUCCAAGCGUCUCAGCUUACCACAAGAAAAGCUAACCCCCACCUUCUAACGUUCAAUGCAGGUUCAUAUCACAUCGCAUGCAAUAGUGACAAAUGGAGGGUGGGGGGGCUGAGAGACGCCAGGGAAGCCACCACAGCAAAGUCUUUAGUCGGCAAACACUUACUUACCCCUCACUCUUGCCUAGCCAAUGUUGGCUGUUUCGCACCCCUGGACUCCCCAGCGUGAAUUACGCCGCUUGCCAAGUAUAGCGAAUUGUGAUCCAGUUUGGUUUAUGGGAGCUGAAAGGGCGAUAAGCCCCUUACCAAAAUUUCGGCUUCUCAACUGCUCUAGGAUACACGCGACUCAUGCACCGCGGCGGACGGGUGCAGGAGGUGAACCUCCCAUUUAGAAUUGGUCUUGCCGUACAGAUACCCUUACUUCCAAGCAUAGUAGGUCUGGACUACACUACAUGGAUGAGCCU